AUGACGGAUUGGAAUAAUAUUUUAAAAAGAAAUAGAGAAUAUAUCAAAGCUAAGAAUAAAAUAAAGACCCAAGUUGAAAAUAACAGAUUACAACAACUCGGAUUAACGGAAAAUCUACAGACUCUAUUUCAACCAAUAUUAAAAAGUCAAGAAGAUAUUAAAAAGAGACUCGCUAUAGAACCUUCACCCCAUAAAGAUCCACCGAUUGAAUAUGGUGGAAUUAAGGCAUUAAAUGAUAUAAAACGUCUCUUUUUAAACCCUGACCCAGAUUUACCAAAGAGCAUUUCACCAAUCGUUGAUGAUGAGGGUUUGUUGUUUAAUGGUUUUAGAAUAAGAUUUAUUCACCACAAUUCAAAAUCGACUCAAAAGACUUUAUAUUUACAUUAA